AUGUCAUCUGAAAGAAGAAACAGCUUGUCGCCUCCUGAGAGGCGUGGCACCGUUGACCCUGGUGCUCAUGACCUAGCGGAAUCCGAUUCCGAAGAACAUUAUUCCGACGCCCAGUCUGGGCCAGUUGGGUCAGCGCCUCCGUCACCCAUCCCGAGAACCAGAGUCGAGAGGGUCGAUGACAAGCCUGCUUAUGGGGAAGUCCCCGGCACCGAGGCUUACAGCAAGAGAGAAGGGGACGCCGAGCCGGACGAGAUAGCUAUCAUCCCCGACCCCCUCGACCCAACACCCGCCGAACCGGAACGUCACGCCCGGUCUCCCACCCCUGGCGGACAUCCUAUUCCCAAGACAGUGGUGGAGGAGGCACCAGAUGCUGAGGGCUCAGUGACACACCCGGAGGUGGAGGAGAGACACAAGUCGGAUCCGCAUCCGGAUGUGACCAUCAAGGCUGACGGGAAGAGGGUGGAAGAUAAUGGUACGGAUGCGUAG